AUAAAAGUUUUCAAGUCAACGUCCAAACUCCAAAAAACUCAACGAUUUAUUUGUUAUUGUUUUGCUGAGUACUUACGAUUAUUGCUUUUUUUACGUAAAUAAACUGAGUAAUUAUUACAUGAUAAGUUCUAUUAACCGAAUCGAAGUUCUAAAAGCUCAAUUGAAACCUUAAACACCUGUUUUAUUAUGAGAAAGCCGUGAUGUUUUUAGAUUAAACAGCGACUGAAAUGUUACCACUUAUAGCUUUUAAUAUGGAGGGUUGUUCAAAUUCAAGUAGUUUUAACUCCAUUUAUGAUGUAAAUAAUGUUUUAAAUUGUGUCAGAAAUAGGAAAAAGGUUUCCGAGUUGCCUAAUUGCCCAGUAUGUAGCUGUACGAUAAGACAGGGAGAAUUAGAGUCGCAUUUAGCAUUAGAAGUUGAAAAACUGCAAAAAAUUACUAGUGGAUCGAAGAGGAAAUUAAGCACAAAUAGCUCUAAUAUGCCGGUUGCGGGAUCCAGCACAUUUUACGAAGAAGAAAGUAAUGAAGAUGUUGAGAUGGAUGUUUCGGGCUGUCCAGGAAGUGAUGUUUACCAACGUAUACAUAGCAACCGUCUCAAUCGGCUGCGAUCACGGCGUCGAUCUCCGCCACGCACCGGACAAGGUGAAUGUCCAGUGUGCAAUGCAACUCGCCCAGUGUCCCGUCUUCACCGACAUACAUUAAGAUGUCUGAAGAGAAGUGGAGCAGAGCUGGAUGAACCAGUGCCUGAUACAAGCUCUGAAGAAGGCAGCAUUGACGUUGAAAAUGAUGAGCCCUCGGGUUUUGGUGCUGAAUACCAGUGGUGCGGAGAGUGGCGAGUGAGGGCCACUGCUCUGCAGGACGCGGACUCACGGCCUGGUACUAGUGUACGGCGAGCGUCAACCGAUCACGCGCUGGUAGUAGAUGAUGACGAGGACACGGCGUUGUAUGGACCGCCUCAGUACUCACCUUCAAGGAUAGCGCCUGAUGCAGAUACUUCCAAGUCGAGUGAAAAUGAGAGUGAGUCUAACGGAAUAGAACUACAAAUUGAGAAGAAAACGAAUGGGCUGGUAGAAGCCAGCGCUGAGACACGCAUACAAGCGCUGAAAAUGAAAAUAAAAGAAUUAGAGAAAAAACAAAAUUCAGGACUAGAGGCGAAGUGCUUGAUCUGUCUGGGGCCUUACACGUCGCCAGCAGUCUCCAUACAGUGCUGGCAUGUCUACUGUGAGGUGUGUUGGUUGGAAUCUUUGAAAGCGAAGAAAAUAUGUCCGCAAUGCAACGCUAUAACAACAGCCGGACAUUUGAGACGGAUUUACAUGUAACGGACACAAAAGUGUGGAUAGGUCUCCCAUCAUUAUCGAAUUAUUCCACCAUUUUGAAGCCAAAUUUUAACGAACAUUUAUAAAAUAUUUAUUAUUUGAAUAUAAAAGAUGAUUUAACAGCUUAAAUUGGAUUCCCUUCAUCGUGUUAAGGUAUAGGUUCUGUAAAGAAUCUUCGUUAAAAAGUACCAAUUUUUCUCUUGUUAAGCUGAUACGGGGUUUUAUAGCUAUAAAAGGCACCUUGGACACUCAUUUUAAUGGGUUAAGCUUAGGUUUCGUAGAAAAGCGGUGCCGUUAACUAACGGCCGUAAUGUAGUGUUGGGUGACGUCACCCAUACGUUGUCUAUAAAUAACAUAGGAGUAGAUUUCCUUGAGAACGUUGAGUGUCACCGUAACGUCAAAUA